UGUCAGCUUGCAAAAAAUGUGUGCAUUAUUUAUUUUGUUUAAGAUUCGUUGAAACGGAGAAAAAUAUUCAUUCAAACAUAAAUUAUUACAUUCAGAACAUAUCGUUUGCUUGCGCUGCCUGGUGUUACAAAUUUGCUUCAGAUUUAAAGAGUUAUGUUUUAAGUAAAGUGAAAGGGAAUAAAAUAGGCGUUGUCCAUUAUAUCAGCAAAGAUGAAAAUAAAUGAAAAGAAUUUGGGUGCAUUUGCGUCGUCCACGACUCCAGUGGACCGCGAGGGAUGGCUCGACAUGCGAGGUGAAAUAGGUAAAAGUUACCAACGACGAUGGUUUACCUUGAAAGGAAACCUACUUUUCUAUUUCGAUAAGAAAGCUGACAAGGAUCCUAUUGGUGUAAUAAUACUCGAAGGUUGUACAAUCGAAUUGACAGAGGAGGAAGCAUACAGUUUUAAAAUAGUUUUCCAAUGUGAGGGAGGCAGGACAUACUACUUGUGCACCAAUUCACAGGCAUCUAUGGAAGCAUGGAUGAAGGCACUCGCCUGCGCAAGCUACGAUUACAUGAAGCUCAUGGUUGCGGAGCUGCAGAGGCAGCUGGAUGAAGUGCAAGCGGAGGAGGCAGCAGAAGCUGCAGCUCUGAUCACCAUUACUCCUCCGGAGCGCGAGCCCAAGGUUCCCCCGCGCGGGCAGCGGUACAACCCCUUCAACCGUGUCCCUGAUGGUGAGGCCAAGGAUGGCAAGUCAGUGCCCGGUAGUAGACAUCACAAGGAUAGCUUGCGAGCGGAGACGCCUCGUAAGAAGGUGUCGUUCCGCGACAUUCAUACAGCGCACGGCCGCAAGAUACUCGCGCACCGCAGCGAGUGGCGCGCACGACGCAGACACGCUCGUACUGCACCCACUGCGCCCUCCGCCGCCCCCGCACCCGCAGACGUCCCACUCAUACAGCUGUGAGUGACGUAAGCUAGACAAGGAUAGUGUAAGGUAAGAAAUGUUCCUGAUUUGUAAUUGGCUUCCAGAAGGUUCACAAUUCGUUUGUUUCUGUCUAUGUAUAGUGAGCAUUAUAAGGUAAUGUGAGGCAAUUUGGUUUUGUCAUGUGUUUAUGAAUUUCUCUAAGGAAAAUAUUGAGUUU